CUAUUGUUUACGCAGUCGAAGGAAGGUCCGUAGAUUAGCUUGGUUCUGUACCCGUACGUGGACGUUCUGGAUUUUUCCUCGUCACCACGCUGGCAAUCAGCUGCACACCAGUUCCACCAAUCAGCGACGACGUCUGGGCUCUUCGCUUCGAUUUCUGGCCGACUAUAAAUCGAAAACCGACUCCCCCAGUGACGCCAAAAAACACACACAGCCAAACCCCGAUUCUCCCUCAGCUUUGUUUUGCCAGAUCGAUCGUUGUUGUGUGUUUGUUUCGAUUGCUGCGAGCGUAGAGAAAUAUGGCCGAGAAAACGGAAGAGCAAGUUCAGGGCCCUGUCCCUGCUGUAGCUGAAGCAGAGCAGGUGCCCCCGGUGGCGGCGGAGGAGAAGAUUCCGGUAGGGGAAGAUCCGCCCGCUGAGGAGGAGGCAGGAAACAAGAAGGAGAAGAAGAGGGAGAAGAAAACUAAGUUGGUUGCAGAUGCUGUUCCCAAGGAGAAGAAGAACCCUAAGCAGCCCAAAUCUGCCUCUCAUCCUCCGUAUUUCCAGCAGAUGAUCAAGGAUGCUCUGUUGGCGUUGAACGAGAAGAGCGGGUCCAGCCCGUACGCCAUAGCCAAGUUCAUGGAGGAGAAGCACAAGGCGGUUCUGCCAGCGAAUUUCAGGAAGACACUUGCUAUGCAGCUCAAGAAUUCUGCAGCCAAGGGGAAGCUUGUCAAAAUCAGGGCCUCCUACAAGCUUUCUGAAUCUGGGAAGGAGGAGGAGAAAUCCCGUCCCAAGAUUGCUCCAACUAAAGCUGCUAUUGCUACCGCUACUGCCACUGCCAAGAAGUCGACAGCCACAGUAACUGCAAAGCCCAAGAAGCCUAGGACGAAGACGAGGUCUGUGAACAAGCCCGAGACAGGUAAGAAGACUCCGGCCGCUUUGAAGCCCAAGAAAUCGACUCCUGCCAAGGUCAAGCAGCCAAGAUCCAUCAGGUCCCCAGCUGCUAGGAGGGCCAAGAAAGCCUCCGCCGCUGCUGUUUAGUAGUGCUAGUGUGUUUUUUUUGUUAACUGGAUGGGUGUGAAUAUUUUGUAACAAGGAAAUAAUGGCGAGGAUGCAGCAGGCCGCCUUCGUUCCGGUAGGUUCUAUGUGUAGAUAAACAUGGUGGCUUGUUAUGUUCGUGUUUGAGCAGAAUAUGUAUCUUUUUGGGUUCCCGUCGUUUAUGGCGUCGGAUGGCAUAUAGCCACUCGCCAUGAAGAGAACUUGUGAUCAACUCUCUCCGGUGCUUCUUCGACUUCAAAAUUUUCAUCGGUUUCAAUUAAUGCUUAUUAGAAUUCAGAAAAACUAGCGGAGCGGGGUAUCGACAACAAGGUGAACCAACCUUGCCGCAGCUUUGCAUCUUGCGGACAGUAACUUGUGAUAUAUGUG